UCAUUUCUGAGACAAAAGAUCAAACUGAAAGUGAAAGUGACUGAAAUAUACGACUGUAUUUGUGUGUGUGUGUCAUCAAAUUGAACAAAUGAUCUCUUCAGUUUUCACAAAUACGCCAAAUCAACGAGUCCCGGAGCAAAAGACUUGAUUGCUGGAUCAAUAGAGGAGACAUCAGCUUUAUCUGGAGUCUGCUUUCUGCUCUCAAACUCCAUUAUUGAUGCCAUUUUCAUCUCUUAUCAGCUGAUUCUCCACCAUUAUUUCCUUUUCAAAUCAGAAAUCUCUCCCGUUUAGUGCUUAUGAACAGCCAUAUCCAUUCAGCUUGAUCAGAUAUACCUUAUUGCUCAUGUCUAAAGGGGAAAAACUACUUUGCUGCUGUUUUUCUCGAUGCUUAAUAACACUUUUGUUCCUUUAGGUGUGUUUUGAGCUUCUCAGCAACAGAAACAGCAUCACAUUAUUGAAUGUAACUCAACACUAAUAUAAUCAUCUGCAUGUGCCUGACCAAGAGAAGAUGACAGAAAGCUCAUCUUAUAUCUGCCUCAAAGCUUAUGCAGAUUCUCCAGUUUUCAUUGGGCCAUUUUCAGCCAAACUCAGAGUGAUUGGUCUCCUGAGCAGAAUCAGCAAUAUCUGAUCAACAUCAGUGAUGAAGUGACCGACUGAAGGAAACACAAGCAGAUUAGUUUAUUUCAGCAAACAAUGCUGACUAUUGGAGAGCGCCAAAACAAACAAGACCACGCCCCCUUUGAUACGCUAGAGCCACUAGACACGCCCCUCUCUGCUGAUUGGCUGAAGUGUGUCGAGUUGUCCACUCUAAACUGGUGUAGUGUCAGGAAGUCAAAGAGUGAGGCUGAUCUGAGAGGAAGCUGCAGAAGCACAGGAGGAGCUGCUGCUGUUUAAAGAAGAGCUGAACAUAUAUAUAUAAAGCAGAAGACGAGUGUCAGAAACACAGAAUGGCUGAUAGGAGUCCUCUGUUUCUGCUGCUCAUCUUCUGGACACUCAGCACAGGUGUGUUUGGAGCAGAAGAGACUCGUGUGUUCAGCAGAUCUGGAGAAACUGUUCAUCUGCCCUGUAGAAAUACUGUUCAGUACUGCAGACCAUCAGAAACUACAUGGCUCAACAGCAGUUACAGACAGACAGCAGUAGCUGCAAUGUUUAUUUUAGGGGUAAAGCAGAGAAACUCAGAGAGACUGAAUCUGGGCUCUGACUGCUCUCUGAUCAUCAGUAGAGUCACAACAGGAGAUGCUGGACUUUACAUCUGCCAACAGUGGAGAGGAGGGAAUCAGCAACAAGGCUCUGAUUCACGUGUGUAUCUGCAUGUUGUUGCUGUUUCAGUCUCUCCAUUUUCAUCUUCAUCUGAUAUUCGUCCGGGUCUCUCUCUGACUCUCUCCUGUCGGCUCUUCUCAUAUUCUGGACUCUCCUGUGUUGAUUUGUUCAGAUCUGAGCAUCUUCAUCUGUCCUGGUUGAAUGAGGCUGGUGUUAAUCUGAACACAGACUCCAGAUAUCAGAUCUCUUCUACAGGCUGUAUCAUCAGUCUGUCUACAACACUCAUCAGUGAAGAUGAAGAUAAACAGUGGAGAUGUGGAGUCUAUCAGAGAAAUGAACUGAAGACCUCAGACACGUUUACAGUCCAGUAUUCAGCUAAAGCUGAAGCAGAGACAUUUUGUGUGAUGAAACAGCAGUGACUCCAGCGCUCUUCACAACACCAGCAGGAGCUUCAGCUCAUUCUACACACACCUCUGCUGUUCUCAUCUACACUUUACUCUCAUAUUACAGUUUUGAAAAGCUGACAGAUCAUUUACAGUGAUAUGAUAUUUUAAACCAGUAUAAUGAUGGCCAUGGCCAGGAUUUGCUAAUUAGAGAGGUCUGGGUUUUUAUUUUUGUGUUGUUUUUAAUUGUGUCAUAUUAAUGACUUGAUGUUUUGAGUAGGAAAAUGUUAAGAUUUUGCUUUAAUAAUGUUGUUAAAUUAGAGUUCUUGUAUGAAUGAUGAAUGCCUGUAUAUGAAUGCUUGAUCAACUGUUGCUGUUCUACUGAUUAGUUGUUGAAUAACAGUGAGCUGUUAUGAUGCUGUUAUGAUGGUCUUUGACAGUGUUGUACAUACAUUAUCAUGAUGGAUAUUUUUCUUUUACUGAUUGUGCUCUCCUCAUGCUUCUUUUUUGAUUACUGUCCUUUUUUAAGUACGGAUGAUGCAGUGUUGCCAGAUAUUGCUUAGAGAAACAAACAAAGAAAUCCUCUGCCAAUAAUAAUAAUAAUAAUAAUUUCAGAUAUUGUAUUUUGUUUUUAGUAACAGCCAAAUGACUUAAUGCUGUCAGUAAAAAACAACAUUAAAUGAUGCACAGUACGAACUGUAAUUACACUCAUAGAGAACCGAGCUGCCCCCCCCCCCCCACGUUGUUUUUUUGUUUGUUAAUGUUUACUUUAUCAUUAACUGUAAGAUAUAAUUAAUUAAUGUUGUGUUUUUAUGUAUUUCCUCAUCAUUCUGGUCUUAAUAUUAUUAGAAUUUAACAUCAUGACAGAUUCUCUAGACCCUGAA